CAGAUGGAGCUUUGCAAUGACAAACUAAGCUGCACGAAGUAAUUUAUUUACCAUGUCGUGGUUUCUGUUGCUCUUCCCCCUCUCCCUCUUGUUUGUGCAUUACUGGUUCACUGGGAAGACAUGGAAGAAACAGAAGCAUGAGGCAGAAGACUGCCUCCCGCUCCCACCUUCGCCGCCGGCACUGCCCAUCAUCGGGCACCUUCACCUCAUCGGCUCCCUCCCGCACGUCUCCCUCCGCGGCCUGGCCAGGAGGCAUGGCCCUGACGUGAUACUCCUCCGCCUUGGCGUCGUUCCGACGUUCGUCGUGUCGUCGGCACGUGCCGCGGAGGCGGUGCUGCGCACACACGAUCACGUCAUGGCGUCACGGCCCCGCUCCCUCGUCAACGACAUCAUCAUGUAUGGUGCGUCCGACGUCGCCUUCGCGCCAUAUGGCGAGUACUGGCGGCAGGCGAGGAAGCUUGCCACCACCCACAUGUUGAGCGCUAAAAAGGUGCAGUCUUUCCGUGGCGCCAUCAUGGAGGAGGUGAGCGCAGUGAUGGCCAAGAUCAGCGACGCCCCCGCAGUUGGUGGUACUGUGGACAUGAGCGAGCUCCUCAGGUCAUUCGCGUAUGACAUGGCUUGUCGCAUCGUCUCAGGAGAGUCCUCCAUGAAAGAAGGACGGAGCAAGCUGUGUGGGGAACUUGCCAACGAUACAUCACGGCUGCUAGGAGGGUUCAAUGUGGAGGAGUACUUCCCAAUAUUGACUAGGGUAGGAGUGCUUAAAGGGGCAGUUUGUGCAAAGGCUGAGAGAGUGAGGCUUAGAUGGGCUGAUUUUCUGGAUAAGUUGAUUGAUGAUAAUAUGAGCAAGGGCAAGUCAACAUUUGAUCAUAAGGGUGGCAACUUCUUAGAUAUCCUACUUUCUGCUCAGGAGGAGUAUGGUCUCACAAGAGAUCACAUAAAAGCUCUAUUAACGGAUGUAUUUUUUGGCUUAACAAGCACGUCAUCUAACACCCUCGAAUUCACCUUGGCCGAGCUCAUGAGGAGGCCAUCCCUGAUGGGGAAGCUACAAGACGAGGUGAGGAGUAUCGUACCCCUGGGACAAGAAACCGUCAUUGAAACCGACAUCAACAAGAUGGCGUACCUCAGAGCAGUUAUAAAGGAGUCACUCCGGUUGUAUCCUGUUGCGCCUUUCCUUCCUCCACACCUUGCCAUGGGUGAUUGCAACAUCGUUGGCUACAUGGUUCCUGCUGGAACGCACAUCCUCGUUAAUGUAUGGGCCAUUGGUAGGGACUCCAACUCGUGGGAGGACGCAGAAGAGUACAUACCAGAAAGAUUCAUAGACGAAGGCAACGCUGUUCAUGUCAACUUCAAGGGGAAUGACUUUCAGUUCUUGCCGUUCGGGGCAGGACGAAGGAUGUGCCCUGGUAUAAACCUCGGAAUCACUAAUGUCGAGCUUAUGUUGGCGAAUCUCAUAUACCAUUUUGAUUGGGAACUGCCAGUCGGGGUUGACAGAAAAGACAUUGAUAUGGCAGAGGUGUUCGGGCUAACCAUGCGUCGGAAGGAGAAACUGCUAUUAGUUCCCAAAUCACGCAUGUAGCCACAAGAAAUAAAAUAGAAUCUAAAUAUUUUGUGUUAUGUUGUUGCUACUAAAUAAAUAGGAAGUCCUGCUUGUUGUAAAUUAGUUUCAAAAGUUUUUAUCGAUGGCUAAAUAUUUUUGUCCUAUGUCGUUUCAA